AUGAAUAAAAUUACAAGACUUAUGAAAAUUGUAGCCUUAUUAGGUUACAAAAACAGUCCUGAAAUUUUGAAUUUAUUAAUUCUUGCUGAUGUUCAAUAUUUUGGAAAAUUCAGAAUAAAUAAAUUGAAUUUUGAUGAAAUUAUAAAAAUUCUUCUUCAAGAUUUGAAUAAAGAAUUUGGAUACACAAUAAAUGAAAUGAAACCAAAGAUUAUUCAUACAAGUACUUCAAUAAUUACAAGAAAUACAUCAAUGAUUGAUAUUUCAACAUGUGUAUCAAGUAUUCAUGAAGACAUAUCAAAUAAAACGUGCUACGAUAAUUUACCAAUUAAGACAAAAACUUUUGAAAAAGAAUCAAAGGAUACUGGAAUUUCUUCAACUAUAACUGUUGCGUCAAUUUCAUCUCCUUCCAAAUUUGAUAUUACCACAAAUGAAAACAAAAAAAAAUUAAUUUUGUAG